ACAACGGACAAAUCCCACACUUUUAUUAUACAAAGCCAAAACGGAAAUAGAGAUUUACCAAAUCAAUUUGGGAAUGACAAUUGCCCGACAAAAUAACUAAUUCUCUAAAUAUCCAACAAGAAAAAAAAAUCCACUUAUUGAAUGAAAAUCACUAACAUUCUGAUCCCAAGUGCCAAGAGCCAAGUCUAUUUGAUCUAAAAGUAAAUUAAGUAACUAUAGAAUCAGAUAUGAAUGAUAAAAGAUAUCCUAAAACUACCUAAACAAAUAAAAAAAAUAACAAUAUCCCAUAAAAUAACUAAUUAAAUAGUAAAUAUCUCUCUUCAUCGACUCCUGUCCUCCAGCUUCGUUACGACUUACAAGAAAAGAAAUUGUAAAUAUCUCUCUUCAUCGACUCCGUUGUCCGGCGACACCUCCGCCGUCUCCGCCACCACGUGUUCCCCCUCGUCUCCGCCGUCUCCGGUUGCCUCCUACUCCUCCUCGCCGCCUUCUCUCUCCUCGCUCCGUCUCCGGCUCUGCAUCACCACGAUCACCUCUCGCUCUUGCGUCACUACCAUUCCUCGGAUGACAAUGGCGUCGUUGAGGCCCGGUCGAACUCGGAUGAAACGGCCACGUUUCGUGUUCCGAAGAGUGGAGGGAGCUCAGGUCGAGAUUUAUGGAGCACAAGGAAAUCGGAUAUGUUCCAUGGUUGCAGCAAUGCCCCCGAUAACUUCGCAAAUGCUGAUGUGAAAACACAUUCGAAUUCCUAUUUGUUGAUUGCUACUAGUGGAGGCUUAAACCAACAAAGAACAGGGAUAACUGAUGCUGUUGUUGCAGCUUAUAUCUUGAAUGCUACUCUUGUUGUUCCCAAGCUGGACCAGAAAUCAUUUUGGAAGGAUUCCAGCAACUUUGAUGUAGACUGGUUUAUAUCAUCUCUAUCAAAAGAUGUUGAAAUCAUUAAACAGCUUCCAACAAAGGGAGGACAACCAAUGAGUCCAUAUACCAUGCCUGUCCCAAGGAAGUGCAAUGCAAAAUGCUACCAGAAUCGUUUAGUGCAUGUUCUUAAUAAAAAGCAUGUAAGUGUCUUUCAGGAGAACCUACCACAUUUUUGUAAAGAAUUCGUUAAUCAUCAUAUGCUGGUGCUUAUAACCGAGGAAGAAGAAUUUCUGGUGCUUGAAUGAGUGCCUUUUCAGGUUAUAUAUAAUUUUCUCUGAUGAUUCUUGCCGUAAGGCAGGAAUGUUU